AUCCACCGGCUGCCCAUGCCCAACCUCAAGGACGAGCUGCACUGCUCGGGGUGGAGCUCUGCCUGCGGCUGCUUUGACACUGGCAGCGCCAGGAGGAACAAGCUGGUGCUGCCCUGUCUGAUUUCCUCCCGCAUUUACGUGGUGGAUGUGGGCUCCCAGUGCCGGGCCCCCAAGCUGUGCAAGACGAUCGAGCCGGUGGACGUGUUCUGGAAGUGCAACAAGGGCUACCUGGCCGUGACCCACAGCCUGCCCAACGGGGACGUGCUCAUCGCCAACACGGGAGACCCCGCGGGCAACGGCAAAGGUGGCUUCGUGGUGCUGGACGGGGAGAGCCUGGAGCUGAAGGGCAACUGGGAGAACGAGUGCGAGGCCCCCCCGACGGGCUACGACUUCUGGCUGCAGCCGCGGCACAACGUGCUGGUCAGCUCUGCCGGGGCGGUGCCCCGCCGGGCGGGCCGGGGCUUCAACCCCGACGACCUGAAGAAAGGGGUCUUCGGGCGCCGCCUGAACGUGUGGAACCUGUCGUGCCGCAGCCUCACCCAGUGCUUCGACCUGGGCGAGGACUCGCUGCCCCUGAGCGUGAGGUUCCUGCACAACCCCGACGCCGCCGAGGGCUACGUGGCCUGUGCCCUCAGCGGGGUCACCUACCGCUUCUACAAGUGCGAGAGAGACAACUGGGCCGUGGAGGAGGUGAUUCGCAUCCCGCCCAAGGAGGUGUCGGGCUGGAUCAUGCCCAAGAUGCCAGCCUUCACCGUGGACCUGCUCAUCUCCCCGGACGACAGGUUCCUGUACCUCAGCAACUGGAUCCACGGGGACAUCCGGCAGUACGAGCUCUCCAAGAACUGCAAGCCCCGGCUGGUGGGGCAGGUGUUCGUGGGGGGCAGCAUCCUGCGAGGGGGCCCCGUGACCGUGUGUAGGGACGAGGAGCUCAAGUGCCAACCCGAGCCCCUGGUGAUCAAGUGCAAGCGGAUUUCUGGCGGCCCCAGCAAGCUGCAGCUGAGCCUGGACGGGCGCCGGCUCUACGUCACCAACUCCUUCUACAGCACGUGGGACAAGCAGUUCUACCCCACCAUGGUCAGGGAGGGCUCCGUGAUGCUGCAGAUCGACGUGGACACGGAGAAGGGAGGCCUGGCCGUCAACAAGAACUUCCUGGUGGAUUUUGGCAAGGAGCCCAACGGGCCCUGCCUGGCCCACGACAUUCGCUUCCCCGGCGGCGAUGCCACCUCCGAGAUCCUGCCCUAGGAGGGAUCCCGGGCCGGCUCCGCCCUUCCCUCCCCCUGCAGAGCCCCUGCUGGGAAAGGGCGGCGCCUGAGGGGCUUUGGGGUCCCUUUGGGGUCCCGGCUGAGGGGCUUUGGGGUCCCUUUGGGGUCCCGGCUGAGGGGCUUUGGGGUCCCAGGUGAUGGGCUUUGGGGUCCCUUUGGGGUCCCAGGUGAUGGGCUUUGG